UCAGAGAGGAUGUUCCUCUGGGCAGGAAGUAAGACCACACCGGGAGGAAAUGACCGGAGAUCCAUCUACCAGAAGAUUCGUGAGUACGAGGUCCUGGACAAGAGGAAGACGGUGACGGCUCUGCGGGCAGGGGAGGACAGAGCCAUCCUGCUGGGCCUCAGCAUGGUGCUCUUCUCCGUCAUGAUGUACUUCGUCCUGGGAAUCACCAUACUGCGCUCCUACUCCGACAGCGUGUGGACAGAGGAGUCGAGCUGCACCGUCCUGAACUCCACCAUCGUGUGGAACGUGAACUGUUCGUACAGCUGCGGAGCCGAGUGCUGGAAGAGCUCGCACUACCCGUGUCUGCAGGUCUACGUCAGCCUCAACUCCUCGGGCAAGAUCGUCCGGCUGUCGCACAACGAGGAGACGCAGGACAGCAACCCCGAGUGCUUCUACAUCCCAAAGUGCCGUAAAGACUACACCGCGACAUUCGCCAUGGUUCAGAACAUUUCCGAGCGUCUCAGGGCUCAGCACACGGUGCCGUGUUUCGUGGAUCCGACGGACCGAGCCGACAGCGCCAUCCUGACCCAGAUCUACGGCCGGGUCGCCGUCUUCCACUCGCUCUUCUGGCCGACGUGCACCUUGAUCGGAGGAACCAUCAUCAUCGCCUUGGUGAAGCUCACCCAGUACCUGUCAAUCAUGUGUGAGCAGCUGAGCCACAUCAAGAGGUGA